CAAUGAGCUCAGCAGAUCUUUUACAUUCAAAAAAGAAACGAAAAUAUAACUCUAAAGCUUCGGAAAUUGAUGUCAAGAAAAUGAAAACAAUGGGUUCCACUGAACCGAAACUGGAUGAAACUUACAAGCAUAUUCACGAUGAAAACGUACAGUUAGAGCCGCCAUAUCUAACAAAAGGUGAUUGUAGAAUUGACGGAAAAAAGCUUCUGGAUUGGAUUUUGCAUCCUGUUAACAAUCAAAACUUUUUUCGUGAAAUAUUCGAGAAAAAACCUUUGCUGAUUCAGCGGAAGGGAGUAUCUACUACAUAUAGCUCGCCUUGGAUAUCCUCUAAAGAAAUUGAUUCUAUUUUACGCGAGAAUAUUUUGAUAUAUGGGGUCAAUAUUGACGUCACCAGUUUUGAAAAUGGCCAACGAGAAACCCACAAUCAGGAAGGCCGUGCAUAUGCAGGAGCGAUCUGGGAUUUCUAUCAGACAGGUUGUUCUAUCAGACUUUUGAACCCACAGACGUUUUCACACGAUGUCUACGAGAAGUUAUCUUUUCUCCAGGAGUAUGUGGGCAACUUCUGCGGUGCUAAUGUGUACCUGACCCCACCGGGGACCCAAGGCUUCGCUCCUCACUGGGACGACAUCGAGGCAUUUGUGAUUCAACUGGAAGGGUGUAAAAGAUGGAGAGUGUAUGAACCCACCACUUUGCUGCCUGAUUAUUCGAGCCAUAAUUUAAAGAGCGAAAGUCUUCCGGAUCCCAUCAUUGACUGUCAUCUGAAAGCGGGCGAUUUGCUCUACUUUCCCAGGGGUUAUAUUCACCAGGGAAACGCCCUUGAAGACCAGCAUUCUCUACAUAUAACAGUUUCUAUGUUCCAACAACACUCAUAUUCUCAUCUUAUGGCCAAAAUCAUGCCUAAUUUAUUGAACAACUUCCAAUCGAAAAGUCUGACUCUCCGAGAAUCUUUGCCGUGUAAUUAUUUGGACGCUUUCGGAAGCAGUAAUCGUAUGCAAACUAACUCAGAAAGCAAUAGCGACACUGCUCAGACAAGAAGCGAAGUGAUCAAAAGAGUGCAGAAUAUGCUGGGAGAGAUGAUCAAUUGUGUUCCUGACAUUGUGGACGAAUCGGUGGAUCAGUUUGCAUUGAAAUUUAUGAGAGAAAGUUUGCCGCCUUGUCUUUCCACAGAAGAAUCCUCGAGGACAAUUGCAACGAGCGGAGCAUUCUGGGAGAGCAACUCAAAAUCAGUUCAAGGAACGGAAAAUGUCGUCGACUUGGACACUAAAUUGAAGCUUGUGAGGAAGCGCUGCAUACGCCUAAUUUACGAGAGAAAGACGAAAACAAACCGGCUGUAUUUCAAUGUAGAAAAUACACGAAUUUAUCAUGAAGUUGAUUUGAAGUCAAUCGAACUUGAUUCAGUUGAUGCCAAAAAUAUCAAAUUUUUAAUUAGAAAAUAUCCCAAGUUUUGCACGGCCAAUGAUUUGAAGUUUGGAGAUGAACAAUCUAAACUAGAACUUGUUAUGGGGCUAUAUGAAAAAGGUAUCUUGAUAUCUGAGAAAAAAAUUGAAACUAUUUGAUUUC